CUUAAGGAAAUAUUCAAUUUGCUCCCACAAUCCAAUUAAUUUUGACCCCAUCCUCUAAAUCCCUAAUCCUUCUCCUUUUUCCCUCUCCUUCUUCCCUUUUUUUAAUUUUGUUUCUCUAAUUCUCUGCUCCCGCCUCCAAGUCUCCAACCCUAAUGCUUCCAGAGUUCCAGAUUCUAGCAGGCAGCAGUCCAGCCCUCCAGAGUUAUCGUCGUCUGCCGCCACUCGCCCACUCUGCCACUAACGCUUUCAGUCUCCGUCGAUUUCUCCUUGCAUCGCCUCAGGCCUCAGGUCUCAGCCCUCAUGCCUGCAUCUGGUUCUGCCUCAGCGUUCCUUCGGCGUCUGGUUUUGUCUUCUUCUUCUUCUUCACAGGGUGUAGGACUGCGGGGUGCUACUUGUUCUGCCGCUGGUUCUGCGGUUCUGCCGUUGGGUCCUGGCUCCUGGUCCUGGGUGCCGCUGGUUCUACUGCUGGGUGCCGCUGGUUCUGCCGCUGGGUCCUGGCUCCUGGGUGCCGCUGAUUCUGCUGCUGGGUUCUGCCUCGUGGAGUUUAAGAUUCUGCAGUUCACUCUUGCCGCUUGCCCUUUUGGUACAGUCAUACAGACAUUCAUGAUUCAUGAAUGAUAAUUGUUAAUUAUUUUUUAUUAAUUGCCUCUUAGAUUCUGCAGUUUAGUUCUGUGAUUCUGUCUAUGUAAUUGUUGUUGUUGGAAUUUAGAAAUCAAUUUUGUUGCUGUUGGAAUUUAGUUCAUUAGUUGUUGCUGUUGGAAUUUAGAAAUCAAUUUUGUUACUAUAUAUAUGUAAUGAUAUGCAUUUUCUUUGCUUUUCAUGGAUCUGUUGUUGUGACCAGAAAAAAGUUAAUAAUCCUUAUUCAAUAGUGAUGAUGAUUAUGCAAUAUAUGAACUUUCUAAGACUCCAUGUUUUGUCCUUGUUCAUGGUUCUUUGACUCUGCAUUUGUUUAAUUGUUGAAUUGUUGCGUUUUUUCUCAGAUAGAUAGAGUUUGGUUGUAAAAGAAAACAGAGGCACUGGUUGGUUCCUCUUAGUGCAGUUUAGUUCAUUAGAU